AUGCCUGCCGAGGGAUCAAACGGGGGGCGACUGGAGGUUGCAGCACUUGCAUUGAGACCCAAGGCCUCGGAUGCUGUGCCGUCGAGCCUGGCGUACACCUUUUACACCGGCCCGUUUCGCAACUUUGCUCUCAAUCCGCCGCCUCACGGCGACACAGCACGGGAUAUCCGCCGUCGGCGGUGGACUACCAAGCGACCUACCAGCAAUGCUUUGCUGCCUUUGACCCGGGCCAAACAAGGUGUCGAGAAAAGCAGGAGCGCCCUCCCAUCUGCCCGCGCGAUAACCGAUGCUGUUCCAAAACUUGACGAUGCUACCAUCAAACGGACUGUUGAAGACGACGAGCAGGUUGUCAACAGCAAACAGGCAGAGGAACGCGAGAAAGAUGCUGGCGAUGACGUGGACAGCACCUGGAGCGACGAGACUAUCGUCUGGGAUCGACCAUGGUCCCCAUCAGAGACCUCGCCGCCCUCGGAGAGGAACAGCGUUGCCUUGCGGUACGUGUAUAGAUAA